CGAUCCGAGCAAGAAAGACACACAAGUCGCGAAGUCGCAAAGAAUGAAUUUUUAUGAGCAAUCAUUGUAGUAAGUAAGGUUUGGUGAGAAGCGGAAAUAAAGGAAACGGGUCUGACAGAACUAAAAAAUUAAUAAUAUCUCACUUACAGGCGCCAGGCAGGAAAGAGAGCAUCGGCUGCUCCCCCGGCCCUUGUCCAGGACGUUUUGCGUUCUUGCUACUUGCAUAUUUGAGUGGGACGUGUGCAAGGCACCUGUCCCUGCCGAUAAUCUGCCUCUGACCUGUGAACUAACUUACAGGAGUUUGCUUGGUCAUAGAUUUUAUUUCAACUACGCGGUAUCAACCCGCAACCAGGUUUGAGACAUAGCCACUGUUGUUGGAGUAAUUGAAUCGCAGAAAGAAGCCCGACAACAAUCUAGAAAUAUGUGUAGAAGUCGACUAGAACGCGAGGCGGAAAUGCUGGCUCGUAGUGUUAUGUACGAUUGGCGAACUAGGAUUUGCCCGUCGGAGUCGCAACCCAGCACACCGGAGACUGGCGGGGCGCAGAGAUUAGCUACGUACGGAGAAUACGUGUGUCGUGGCCUAGAUCUUGUGAAUAAUGUCGUUGAAGAAGGUGCCUCAGAGGAGAUGUUCAUGGAUGAUGACCAUUUCAAGCGACAUCACUCCGCUGCGUCAGCUGCCGAAGCAGGCAUUGAAUCUGGUGCUGAAGACGGACCUAGCGAGGAGGAUAUGGAAAAAGUCCACAACAUCCUUGCAGACCUCAAGACAGAGAUGGAUAAGAAUUUUUCUGAUCUACCUGCUGGUGACCAACUGAAGUUAGUUGGCAACCUAGUGCAGAAGGACCUUCCUGCAUUGGUGCAAUAUUCGUUAUACAAAUCGAGUGUGUUCGAAAUUACGCGAAAGUUUGGAGGCGGCUUCUUCCGGUCGGUGAGCACCGUCAUGCAGCUGACCUGCUGUGUGCUGCAAGCACUCCAUGAUAGCACUCUCGGUGUUCCGCUGACUCCACAGCUGGAAACCGAGAUCAUGAAGCACACCUCCAACAUCAUCACGGACUUGGCGAAAGCGGGAGGAAUGAGUGACGAUACCAGUAUCGUGUCCGAGGUCCUCAACAUGGAGGAUAAUGACGAUUUAUGAGAUGGCUUGGGGUAUUCACACCUGCUUCUAGAGUGUGGCUACGUUUCCCCUGUAUUUAUGAUGAGUUCACGAAAAACGAAACAGCAUGCUGUCCACAGAUUAAGCAUAUCCAUCUCAAUCUCAGGCCAAUUAUAUGUGUGUACAAAAAAAGCCACUCUUCGCAACCUGCAACGAGUGUCUGUGUACUCAAGGUUCUGGAGCUUGCCUGGGCAGUUGCAUUGUAGAGCUGUUUCGGUUAGAUGACUGUGCCAUAUCGUAAUGAUUGCGCAGUGCUGCAUGAUACUGAUGUAUAUAGUAGCAAGUACUUGAUUGCGCAAUGCUGCAUGAUACUGAUGUAUAUAGUAGCAAGUACUUGUACUGCUACCACUCUAUAGUAUGUCCUGGAGGAUGAGAUGCUUUUCUUGAAAGUUUUGUCUUUUCUUUUUCUGUGCUGUGUUUGAAGUUUUGCCACCUGCAUGCCUGCAUUAUGACCUGUAAAACCGGUACCUCCUCUUUUUUAAAGAGUCGGCGUGGAGAAAGCAAUUUUAUUAGUGCAAUUAGGAGUAUAAUCGAUGCAGACAUGGCCAGACAACAACGAGUUCAUGGAAUUUUUAAGGAUUUUUAUGUUAUUCAAAAUCGAUUUUCGUGUUCCGCUCAUCAGUGAAUAGUAUCGGAACUGAGGGUACUGUGUACAACAAUAGAACAUUUUAUAACAGCAUAAUUAAUUAAAAGUGUGAACAACAAAGGAAGUGCUACAGCAUUACAUAAUAGGUGUCAAACAUAGUGCUAACGUAUAACUGAGUGCAGCCACAAAGCAAGAGGUGAUACAGUGCAACAUAUUAUACUCCUAAUUGCACUCCUCUUUUUUUUAUACCUUUUUUCUCAUUCUAUCCGUUUUAGUUCUUGAGUAGAUGUCAACAAGAUGCAUGCAUAAGUUAACUGGCAAGCUACUUCAAAGUAUUAUUUAUACAUUAGUGCCGUAUGCUCUGCUUUAGUCUGUGCUUCAUAGCCUGUUUUUAUCGGAUCAAGCACAACUCAUGUUGCACAUCCCAUGUAUUGCUUAUAUUUUGCAUUGAUUCUUUUAAAAACGA